CCGCUAUUUGAGCGCCGGUCCCGGGCCGAGCGCUCAGAGCGCUAAGAGCCAGCGCGUCGGAGAGAUCGCGGAGCGCGGUCGGCAGCCCGCAGAGGCGCUGCGGCCGGUGCAGCCCCGAGGCCCCGCGCGAGAAGGCGGAGGAAGAGAGGCCGGACUGCCGCCCGCGCCCCCAGCCCGCCGCCGCCUCCCUCUCCCCGCGGCGCCGCAUCUUGAAUGGAAACAUGGCGGUGCCGGCUCGGACCUGCGGCUCCUCCCGGCCCGGCCCGGCGCGGACCGCGCUACCCUGGCCCCGCCGCGGCCCCCGGCCCGGCCCUGGCGCGUCCGGGCCCCCGCGGCCGCUGUUGCUGCUCUUGCAGCCGCUGCUGCUGCUGCCGCUGCUCGCCGCCCCCGGCGCCUCAGCCUACAGCUUCCCCCAGCAGCACACGAUGCAGCACUGGGCGCGGCGCCUGGAGCAGGAGAUCGACGGCGUGAUGCGGAUCUUUGGGGGCGUCCAGCAGCUCCGGGAGAUCUACAAGGACAACCGGAACCUGUUCGAGGUACAGGAGAACGAGCCUCAGAAGCUGGUGGAGAAGGUGGCUGGGGACAUCGAGAGCCUGCUGGACAGGAAGGUGCAGGCCCUGAAGAGAUUGGCUGAUGCUGCGGAGAACUUCCAGAAGGCCCACCGCUGGCAGGACAACAUCAAGGAGGAAGACAUCGUGUACUAUGACGCCAAGGCGGACGCCGAACUGGAUGACCCCGAGAUCGAGGAUGUGGAGAGGGGGUCCAAGGUCAGCACCCUGCGGCUGGACUUCGUGGAGGACUCCAACUUCAAGAACAAGGUCAACUACUCGUACACAGCAGUGCAGAUCCCCACGGACAUCUACAAAGGCUCCACCGUCAUCCUCAACGAGCUCAACUGGACGGAGGCCCUGGAGAACGUGUUCACGGAGAACCGCAGGCAGGACCCCACGCUGCUGUGGCAGGUCUUCGGCAGCGCCACGGGAGUCACACGCUACUAUCCAGCCACCCCGUGGCGAGCCCCCAAGAAAAUCGACCUGUACGACGUCCGCAGGAGACCCUGGUAUAUCCAGGGGGCCUCGUCGCCCAAGGACAUGGUCAUCAUCGUGGACGUGAGCGGCAGCGUGAGCGGCCUGACCCUGAAGCUGAUGAAGACGUCCGUCUGCGAGAUGCUGGACACGCUGUCUGACGACGACUACGUGAACGUAGCCUCGUUCAACGAGAAGGCGCAGCCCGUGUCCUGCUUCACGCACCUGGUGCAAGCCAACGUGCGCAACAAGAAGGUGUUCAAGGAGGCCGUGCAGGGCAUGGUGGCCAAGGGCACCACGGGCUACAAGGCCGGCUUCGAGUACGCCUUCGACCAGCUGCAGAACUCCAACAUCACCCGCGCCAACUGCAACAAGAUGAUCAUGAUGUUCACGGACGGCGGCGAGGACCGCGUGCAGGACGUCUUCGAGAAGUACAACUGGCCCAACCGCACGGUGCGCGUGUUCACGUUCUCCGUGGGGCAGCACAACUACGACGUGACGCCCCUGCAGUGGAUGGCCUGCGCCAACAAAGGUUACUAUUUUGAGAUCCCUUCCAUCGGCGCCAUCCGCAUCAACACGCAGGAAUAUCUAGAUGUCCUUGGCAGGCCCAUGGUGCUGGCGGGCAAGGAGGCCAAGCAGGUGCAAUGGACCAACGUGUAUGAGGACGCGCUGGGGCUGGGGUUGGUGGUGACAGGGACGCUGCCAGUGUUCAACCUGACGCAGGAUGGUCCUGGGGAAAAGAAGAACCAGCUGAUCCUGGGCGUGAUGGGCAUCGACGUGGCUCUCAAUGACAUCAAGAGGCUGACCCCCAACUACACGCUUGGAGCCAACGGCUACGUGUUUGCCAUUGACUUGAACGGCUACGUGUUGCUGCACCCCAACCUCAAGCCCCAGAGCAACUUCCGGGAGCCCGUGACCCUGGACUUCCUGGAUGCGGAGCUAGAGGAUGAGAACAAGGAGGAGAUCCGCCGGAGCAUGAUCGACGGCAACAGGGGCCACAAGCAGAUCAGAACGUUGGUCAAGUCCCUGGACGAGAGGUACAUAGACGAGGUGACACGGAACUACACCUGGGUGCCUAUAAGGAACACCAACUACAGCCUAGGGCUCGUGCUCCCUCCCUACGGCACCUUCUACCUCCAAGCCAACCUCAGCGACCAGAUCCUACAGGUCAAGUUGCCAAUCAGCAAACUGAAGGAUUUUGAGUUCCUGCUCCCCAGCAGCUUUGAGUCUGAAGGACAUGUUUUCAUUGCUCCCAGAGAGUAUUGCAAGGACCUGAACGCCUCUGACAACAACACCGAGUUCCUGAAGAACUUCAUCGAGCUUAUGGAGAAAGUGACCCCGGACUCCAAGCAGUGCAACAACUUCCUCCUGCACAACCUGAUCUUGGACACGGGCGUCACGCAGCAGCUGGUGGAGCGUGCGUGGCGGGACCAGGACCUCAACACGUACAGCCUCCUGGCCGUGUUCGCUGCCACCGACGGCGGCAUCACUCGGGUUUUCCCCAACAAGGCAGCUGAGGACUGGACGGAGAGCCCCGAGCCUUUCAGCGCCAGUUUCUACCGCCGCAGCCUGGACAACCGCGGCUAUGUCUUCAAGCCCCCGCACCAGGACGCCCUGCUGAGACCCCUGGAGCUGGAGAACGACACGGUGGGCAUCCUCGUCAGCACAGCCGUGGAGUUCAGCCUAGGCGGGCGCACGCUGAGACCGGCAGUGGUGGGCGUUAAGCUGGAUCUAGAGGCCUGGGCUGAGAAGUUCAAGGUGCUGGCCAGCAACCGCACCCACCAGGACCAGCCUCAGAAGUGCGGCCCCAGCAGCCACUGCGAGAUGGACUGUGAGGUCAACAAUGAGGACCUGCUCUGCGUGCUCAUUGAUGACGGGGGAUUCCUGGUGCUGUCGAACCAGAACCAUCAGUGGGACCAGGUGGGCAGGUUCUUCAGCGAGGUGGACGCCAACCUGAUGCUGGCGCUCUACAAUAACUCCUUCUACACCCGCAAGGAGUCCUACGAUUACCAGGCAGCCUGUGCCCCCCAGCCCCCAGGCAACCUGGGUGCUGCACCCCGGGGCGUCUUUGUGCCUACCAUUGCAGACUUUCUUAACCUGGCCUGGUGGACCUCAGCUGCGGCCUGGUCCUUGUUCCAGCAGCUUCUCUAUGGCCUCAUCUACCACAGCUGGUUCCAAGCAGACCCCGCGGAGGCCGAGGGCAACCCCGAGGCGCGUGAGAGCAGCUGUGUCAUGAAGCAGACGCAGUACUACUUCGGGUCGGUGAACGCCUCCUACAACGCCAUCAUCGACUGUGGAAACUGCUCCAGGCUGUUCCACGCGCAGAGACUGACCAACACCAACCUCCUCUUCGUCGUGGCCGAGAAGCCGCUGUGCAGCCAGUGUGAGGCUGGCCGGCUGCUGCAGAAGGAGACGCACUCGGACGGCCCGGAGCAGUGCGAACUGGUGCAGAGACCGAGAUACCGGAGAGGCCCGCACAUCUGCUUCGACUACAACGCGACGGAAGAUACCUCAGACUGCGGCCGCGGAGCCUCCUUCCCGCCGUCGCUGAGCAUCCUGGUGUCCCUGCAGCUGCUGCUCCUCCUGGGCCUGCCUCCCGGGCCGCAGGCGCCAGUGCGCGCCCAGGCCUCGCGCCGCCUCUGAGCGCCCUCCCCGCCCCAGGCCUCUCGCUCUCCCCCACACCCCCACCUUAGGUCCUCGCCCCCGUCCUCCCGAGGGACCUGAACGCGCCGGGGCCCUGGAGUCGCAGCCUUGGACUCGGGGGUGGGGGAGUCCCACAGGAGAGCACCGCAGGCCUUUGGCCCCCAAGCCACAUCUGCUGCUGAACUGUCAUAGUGUCCCCAGACCCCUCCUUCCCACUGGACUUGCCCACCCCCAGGGUUGGGACAGGGAAACCACAGUGCUGGUGCCAAACGAGGCCCCACUGCCCGCCCAGCCCCAGGCUCCCUUCGUGAGGGAGAACUAGGCCCGGCCCCAAGGGGGUUCCUCUGAGGGGGCCCUCCACCCCACCUGGACCAAAUCUGGGUUCCCUGGGAAGAAUGGAGGAAGCUGAGAAGGGCAGUUUGAGCCCUGUGCACCCCAGCUCACGUCUCCACGGGAGGGAGGCCCCGAGGCAGCACCCCCCACCCAUGGGCUCCAGCUCCUCUCGGCCCAGACCCUCCCCACAAGCACUUCAGGUGUUAAGACAGCAACGGUAAAGUGGUUCAGACACAACCCCGGGCACCCCUGGAGCCCCGAGGGCAGAGACUGGACCCACAGUGGACAGACACAUCCUGGAGGACACACAGACAGACAUGCACGUGGUGGGGUGGAGGUGGGGCCCCUGACCCUUCCACAGGCGAGGGCUUGGUGGGAGGGCGGACGUGCACACCCCACCUCCUGCUCACCGCCCCCCGACCCAACCUGCAGCACAGCUCAUCCUCCAUCUCUAAAGCUGAAUGUCAAACAGUGCCAAAUGCUGGGGCAGGGAGCAAAGAGCUCUCUGUCCCACCCUAGCCGCCAGUGUCCCCUAAAUGCCCCCCACCCCAGGUGCUCAUUGUAACCAUUUAUCACUAGUGUCGGGCCCCGAGCGGGACCGCGCGCCGCUGCCUGCGCCCCUGGGCAGAGGCACCCUCGCCGGACAUCGCCCUUUGCCUUAGCGGGGUGACUUCGCUGCUCCCGGCCGGGCCCUGGCACGCUCGGGCCUGCGCCCACUUCCCCUCUCCUUCCCAUUCACACACACACACACUCCUUAUCCGCCCCUGGAGGCCAAACCUGCUCCUCCCUGCUGAACACUUGCACACACAUACACACACUCUGUGCACACACAGAGGCCAGGCCUGGGCACACUUCUUCACACCAUCCAUUCUGGUCAUUUCCUCCAAAGGCAUCCAGCCUAGGGGCUGGUGGGGGGCUGAGGGCAGGGGGCUGUGGCCGAGGGGCUCAGGUGGACAGGGAGGAGGGGGGAGGGUGGAUGCAUUAAUUAAUGGCUCCGUUAAUUAAUGUCAUGUUGCUUGUCGCUUUCUCAGUGUGCGUAUGGUCCGUGCCCGCUGCUGGUGCCCCGGUGGGCGCCCACGCCGUGCGCCCAGCCCCGGUGCCAGCCGUGUCUUGCGGGGGUGCGUGUGUAACUAGUGUAGUUAGGUGCUCAAUGGAGAGUAUAAAAAUAAAAAAGAAACAAACAUAUACAGAAGAAUAAAUAUAUAUUUUAAGUUUGAGAAACAGACACAACAAUCCCCAUCAGGUAGUUGUCCAACCCCCAGCUGGGUCUGACCUUUCUCAUCGCCCACCCGACCCAGCUGCCCUCACCUCGGACUCGAGGGACCUGGGGGGCCAUUUCCUUUUCUCUGCCCUUUUAUUUUGGUUGUUGUCCUAUUUUGUACAGACAAGUCGGAAAAACAACAGCGACAAAAAAGUCAAGAAACUUUGUAAAAUAUUGUGCGUGUGAUUCCUUGUAAAAUAUUUUCAAAUGGUUUAUUACAGAAGAUCAGUUAUUAAAUAAUGUUCAUAUUUUCACUUCAAA